AUAAAAAGAAUGAUACAUUAGAUGAAAAACCUGAUAAGUUGGAUAACAAUAACAUUAAAAAGUUACUCCUUGAAUAUCUUAGGGAGUUUCCUCAAGGCAAGUUUAACAGCUCGUUGGAUGAUGAUAAUCUGUUAGAUCGAAUGAUAAAUUCAUCCACAGAAUUGUCAGAUGCUCAAAAAAUAGAGUAUCAAAAGAUUAGGAGGUCCAUUAACAACAUGUACAAGGAUAAAGAACGUGAUCAUUAUUUCGUUGACCCAGAUGAUCAGGAGUAUAUUUCCGUUUUUCUCGAUACAUCAAAAGCAACGUUUGAAGAUGUUGAUCAAUUGAUUAAGAGGAUCUUAAAAACAAAAGACAGGAUAUCGGUUCGUGAACUUGUGAAGAAUAAUGAGAAAUUGCUGAGAAAAAUUGAUGAAAAGCUUGAUAAGAAACGUAAACCACUCAUGGUUAGUGAUGAUGAAUUCAAGAAAUUGAUCAAACAAUUUAAACGAGAAGUGAUUGAUAUGAUGAAUAAUUUAGUAGGACCAUUGGGGGCGAUAGACUCUGUUAUAUCAUGCUAUAAAGAGGUGGUUGAAGUGAGUGAAGAGGAGUUAAGCAAGAUAAAAAAAUUGAUACUUGAGCAAUUUUCUAAACAACCUGAUCUUCGUGGUGUUGGGGCAUUUUUCAGAUUUUCUCCAGAAGGAGAUUUCAAGUAUAAAAUGUCACCAGAUCCUUUGAACAAGCAUCAAUUUGUAGGAGAACGAGUUAUUGAGAAAGAGAAACGAACAAUUGCAAAAUUAUCAAAAUCAAGUAUCAGAGAUAUUGACUUGGAAACAUCCGUAUUUUUAUCUAUUAUCCCAAGCAUUCAAGCAAAUUCUUAUUGUAACAUUUUAUCAUAUGAUUGCCACAUUUCUG